AUUUCUAGAAAAUCUAAUGUUGUAUAUAAAUUAAUUAUACACAUCAUUUGGUAAUAAUAUAUUAUGAGAAAAUUAUUACUUGGUUUGCUCCUUAUUUCUGUCUCAUUAUGUGAAAGCAAAGUUGAAUGCCCAGUUAUUGGUAUUGACUUGGGUACAACUUACUCAUGUGUUGGAGUGUUUAGAUAAGGACAUGUAGAGAUUAUUCCUAAUGAAUUGGGAAAUAGAAUCACACCAUCAGUUGUUUCAUUCACAGAUUAAGAGAGAUUAAUUGGUGAAGCUGCAAAGAAUUAAGCUACCACUAAUCCAAGCAGAACUCUUUAUGAUGUUAAGAGAUUGAUUGGAAGAAAGUAUAUAUCAUUAUGAAUACUUAAGAUUUUCAGAUGCAACCAUUCAAUAUGAUAAGAAGUUUUUACCAUUUGAAAUUGUUGAUAGAGAUGGAAAGCCUUAUAUUUAAGUAGAGAAGGGUACUUAAUCAAAAGUAUUUGCUCCUGAAGAAGUAAGUGCUAUGGUGUUGUAAAAAAUGAAAGAAAUUGCUGAGGGUUAUUUGGGUUAAAAUGUUAUAAAUGCAGUAGUGACAGUUCCAGCAUAUUUUAAUGAUGCUCAAAGAUAAGCUACAAAAGAUGCGGGAAAUAUUGCAGGUUUGAAUGUAGUAAGAAUUUUGAAUGAACCAACAGCUGCAGCAAUAGCAUAUGGUUUAGAUUCAAAAGAAGUUGAAUCAAAUAUAUUAGUUUUUGAUUUGGGAGGUGGUACUUUCGAUGUUUCUAUUUUAACAAUUGAUAAUAAAGUAUUUGAAGUCAUUUCAACAUCAGGAGAUACACAUUUAGGAGGUGAAGAUUUUGAUUAAAGAUUGAUUGAUCAUUUUAUGAAGUUGGUUUCAAAGAAGCAUGGAAAAGAUGUAUCAGGAGAUAAGAGAGCAAUUUAAAAAUUAAAGAGAGAAUGUGAAAAGGCUAAGAGAAGAUUGUCUGCAGCCUAAGAAGCAAAAAUAGAAAUUGAAGAUUUAGUUGAAGGAUUAGAUUUCAGUGAAGUAUUAACAAGAGCUAAAUUUGAAGAAUUGAAUAGUGAUUUAUUCAAAAAGACAAUAGAACCAAUGUAGACAGCUUUGAAUGAUUCAGGAUUGAAGAAGAGUUAAAUAGAUGAAAUAGUUCUUGUUGGUGGUUCAUCUCGUAUCCCAAAGGUAAGAUAAAUAGUCAAGGAAUUUUUUGAAGGAAAAGAUCCAAAUACAGGAAUUAAUCCAGAUGAAGCUAUUUGUUAUGGUGCUGCAAUUUAAGGAGGUUUGAUUUGUGGUGAAUAAUCUGAUUCUACAGAUGGUGUUCUUGUUAUUGAUGCCACCCCAUUAAGUUUGGGUAUUGAAACUGUAGGAGGAGUUAUGAAUAAGAUUAUUCCUAAAGGCUCUUUCAUUCCAACCAAAAAAUCUUAAGUCUUUACUACUUAUGUUGAUAAUCAAACUAUUGUUACUAUUACUGUUUUCGAAGGAGAAAGACCUUUAGUUAAAGACAAUCAUAAAUUGGGAUAAUUUGAUUUAACUGAUAUCCCUAAAAUGCCUAAAGGAUAACCUUAAAUUGAAGUCACUUUUGAAAUUGAUGAAGAUGGUAUCUUAUCUGUCUCUGCAUCUGAACAAUCAAGUGGAAAGAAGAAUCAAAUCUAAAUCACUUCUGAUAACAAAUUAACUAAAGAAGAAAUUGCAAGAAUGAUUAAGGAAGCUGAAGAAUUUGCUGAAGAAGAUAAAAUUGCUAAAGAAAAAAUUGAUGCCAAAAAUAGUCUGGAUUCCUACAUUUACUCUAUUAAAAAUCAAAUUGAAGAUGAGGUAUAUUUUAUAAAUUAAUAUCUUAGAAAAAAUUAUCCAAAUACUUGACUGAAGAAUAAAAAUAAACCUUAAAAGAUGCUGUUCAAAAAAGUGAAGAAUGGAUGAAAAAGGAUGAAGCCAACUAUGAUAAGGAAGAUUAUGAAGGAGAAUUAAAAGAUUUAUAAAAGUAAUAUAUAUUUUAUAAACUUUUUAGAGUAUGUGAUCCAGUAGUUCAAGAAGCAUAAAAAAAGAAAGAUGAAAACAAAGAAAAUGAAGAUGAUACUGAUGCUGAUGAUACAAAAACUGAUUUAUGAUUUAAUGUGUUC